AUGAGUGUCACUGCGAUCGUUGUCUUCACAUCCAUACUGGCUUUCUCUCAGAGCCAGGAAUGUCGAUACGAGUUCGUUGUUCCCGAAGGAAAUGGAUUGUCCUGUGGUUCUCCCGACAUUGGUAGAAUACACUCGGAUCUCCAGAUAGCUCGAGAACGCGCCAGUUCUAUAGCGUCAACUCUUGGGUCUGAAAUAACCAAAAUGCAGAGCAUGACGGAAGGCGUUCAAGAGGAGAUGAAAACAAUUUCCCAGGAGCUAGCACAGAUUAAGAAAGAUGUUGGCAAAAUGGACACCAAUAACCAAAAUUUUGGAAAUAUGGAACAAGCGCUUAUCCGUAUGAACGAGACAUUUGUCAGUGACUUUAAGUACCUAACCAAAAAAAUCAUGGACUCCACAUCUUCCUUACAGAUGCAGCUGACGCGGCAAGUGGACAUCAUUUCUGCUCUUGCCACUGAAGAAUCAUCCCAAAGAAAGAUGCUGGACAUGCAUGCGAUCCGUUUGAACGAAAUUUCCGACAUACCCCAAUUAGUAAAGAGAAUUGAAAACGAGGUUAAGUCGGUCAAAAAUGAUUUGGUGAGGACCAGCCAGGAGAUGACCGAUACUAAACGUGACCUUCAGGGGGUCAGAGCAACAGUUCAAAGUUCUGAGGAUAAGGUCAACGCCCAAACAUCCAGCAUGAACACAAAGAUUGGUGAGUUACAAUCACUUUUAUUGGGGGUGGAUUUGAAAGCUCUUCAAAAUGACAUUGUUUGGCUCAAACAAAGGUCCAGUUCACUUGGCACUACAGUGACAAACCAUUCCAAACUGCUAGAAAACUUCGAUCCUUCUCUUCUCCACAACAAAUUGGCGGCACUGGAAGAAGAAUUGGUCUCAGAAAGCGCAAUGCUUAAUGAGGUAAUGAACAAAACGGCAAGCUCGAGUCCCGCCAUUCUUUCUCAGAAGCUUUCUAAGCUCACGUCAAAAUUGAAUGAAGACCAGGCUACUACGAAGAACAUGUGGGACGGGCUGUGGAGUCGUGUGAACGGCCUGUCCAAAAUGGUAGAUGAGUUAAAACGUAACGUGGCCGAAAUAAAAAGCGAACCAUGA